AUGGCAUGCGCAGGAAACAUUAGAUUUGCUUUCCCUCCCCAAACAGAAGAUAUCAACGUAGAAGAGGAUGCCGAGUUUGAAGGGGACAAAAUACAACUCACCAUAAAUCAAGAAUGGAGCGGAGGCAGAGCCAUUUACAACAAACCAGUUCCUCAAUGGGACAAAUCUUCUUGGGCUCUCGCAAAUUUUACAUCAUAUUUUCAGUUUGUUAUCGGCAACACCACGGAUUUAUUCGGUGACGGACUCGCUUUCUUUAUGGCCCCUUUCGACUCUAAAAUACCAGAAAAUUCUAAGGGCGAAUGGCUGGGCCUCUUUAACGAAACCACAAAUGGUGGUUUUUCAAAUCGUGUAGUGGCUGUCGAAUUCGACACAUAUAAGAACGAUCAUGACCCGGAUGGUAACCAUGUCGGAAUAGACGUCAAUUCAAUUACUUCCGUGAAGCAGGUUUCGCUUAGCAGUGAACGUGAAUUCCUCAGCAACACUCUCAAUAAUGGAACGAUAACUUGGGACGCGUGGGUAGAUUACGAUGGCAGUACAAAGCAGUUACAGGUAUUUCUUUUGUUUACUGACUCUUCUUCUGAUCUCAAUGUUAUUUCUAAACCCACAAGCCCUAUUUUGACUUAUCACAUAGAUCUGCGUCAAUAUAUUCCGGAGAUGAUCGGGGUUGGCAUCUCUGCAUCCACCGGAACCUAUUAUGAAACCCACACAGUCAAGGCCUGGAAUUUUUCUUGUGCAUAUUCGUGGGAUAUCUCCUCUCCUCCCCCUGCGAGCAAUAUUCCCUCUUCUUCCCCGCCACAUACAAAUUCAUCAAUCCCUCCGAGCAAUAUUCCCUCUUCUGUCCCGUCAGAUAAAGUUUCCUCGCCAUCAAGAACUCAAAAUAGUAGUCAGAAAAUUAUCUUGUUAUCCUUGGUUUGCCUCGUGGGCAUAUUAUGUCUUUUGGUAAUUGCCGUCUGGUGUUAUUUCAAAAAGAGAGCAACGAGGCCGGAUAAUCCAGGUGAGGAAGGAGACAGAGAGCUGGACGGACAGUUCGCUCAAGGCCAGAAAUGUGUUCUUGGACUCAAAUUUCAAUGCAAAGCUGGAGGAUUUUGGUCUAGCAAGCGGGGUAGAACCUGA